UUGUUAUCCUUCCCCUUUCUAUGCCGGCCGCUCGAAUUGCCUCACCCCCACCACUACCACCACCACCACGCUCUUCCAAUGCCUUGGGGGUCACAGGUAUUUUCAAUUGUGUCAACUGCUUCAACUCUGCUCUGAGUCUCAACUGUGGUUAAUUCGCCUCUAACUUCAAGCCCAAGCUCCGUCGCAAGAAAAACGUCAAGAAGGGUAUCCAGUUCUGUCUGAUGGUCUGUGGUGCCAGCGGAACCGGACGCACUACCUUCGUCAACACUCUCUGCGGAAAGAAGGUCCUGGAAGGAAAGGACGCCGACGACGCUGCCAACGCUCACAUUGAGGAGGGUGUCCGCAUCAAGCCUGUCACAGUCGAACUCGAAUUGGACGACGAAGGCACCCGCAUCUCCCUCACCAUUGUCGAUACCCCCGGUUUUGGCGAUCAGAUUGACAACGAAGCAAGCUUCGGGGAAAUUGUUGGAUACCUCGAGCGCCAAUACGAUGAUAUUCUUGCCGAGGAGUCUCGGAUCAAGCGUAACCCCCGCUUCAGGGACAACCGUGUCCAUGUCCUCCUUUACUUCAUCACACCCACCGGUCACGGUCUCCGUGAGCUCGACAUCGAGUUGAUGAAGCGCCUGUCGCCCCGUGUCAACGUCAUCCCCGUCAUCGGCAAGGCCGACUCCCUCACCCCCGCCGAAUUGGCCGAAUCGAAGAAGCUGAUCAUGGAGGAUAUCGAGCACUACCGCAUCCCUGUUUACAACUUCCCCUACGACAUCGAGGAAGACGACGAAGAUACCGUGGAGGAGAAUGCCGAGCUGCGGGGUCUCAUGCCAUUCGCUAUUGUUGGUUCCGACGAGUUGAUUGAGAUCGAUGGCAAGAAGGUGCGUGCCAGGCAAUAUCCCUGGGGUGUUGUAGAGGUCGAAAACCCUCGUCACUCCGACUUCCUGGCCAUUCGCAGCGCCCUUCUCCACAGCCACUUGGCCGAUCUGAAGGAGAUCACCCACGAUUUCCUCUACGAAAACUACCGUACCGAGAAGCUCAGCAAGAGCGUGGACGGUGCUACUCCUACACAAGACUCGUCCAUGAACCCCGAGGAUCUGGCCUCCCAGUCCGUCAGGUUGAAGGAGGAGCAGCUCCGCCGCGAGGAGGAGAAGCUCCGUGAGAUCGAGCUAAAGGUGCAGCGUGAGAUUGCUGAGAAGCGCCAGGAACUGUUGGCUCGCGAAAGCCAGCUGAGGGAAAUCGAGGCCCGCAUGGCACGAGAGGCCAGCCAGAGCCAGGUCGAUGUCACCAACGGAGAUGCCUAAACGAAUACCGUCGAAAUCCCUGGGACUCAUGGAAAACGGUUUCCACAUGAUUGACAUCUGACACCGUAUGU